AUGGGAGAUCAUGCCUAUAAGAAGAAGGAAUCAAAUGCCUAUGAUGUGCUGAAUAUGCUGGUGUAUGAUUAUCUGAUGAAGAUGAAGUAUGAAGGAUCUGCAAAAAUGUUUUGUAGCGAAGCAUGUCUUGGGGAGUUUAAGUCGAAUGAAGGAGCACCUGUUCUUGCACAGUGGUAUGGGGCGUUUCAUGAGAUUUCUGCAGUAAGGUCGGGAUUUUCGUCGAAUUCUCAAGACCUUGCAAGGAUCGAGGGAAUUAUGAUGAGGCUUGAGAAUGAAAAACGACGGCAGCAGCAAAUAGGCAAGAUGGAAGGAGCUGCAGCAGGAUACGGAAGAGGAAUGGAUGCAUACAAGAGGCAAUCAGUGCCCUACCAGCAGCAAUAUGAUCAAAGAAAAAUGUAUGGGCAGCAGAUGUCUCCGAGCUCUGAAGGAAUGCCUGGGUUUUAUGAUCCAAGAAAGCAAGCACCUGGUGGAUAUAGGAUGCCGCAUAUGAGUAGCAGGCAGAAUUGGUUUGAUGAGCAGAAUGCAAUUGCAUCAAAACCUUCUAGAAGGCAUGCUGAAGAGCGGCCAGAAGGGUUGGAGUCACCGAUGGCUCAUAUUUUAGGAGAUGGACAGCAUACUGAAGGGGGGGCGAUGGGACUGUCUGAGAGAUUGUCUGGAUUGAAGGAGGUGAUGUGUUUUGUACCUGGAGAAGCUACGAUUAUUUGUAGCGCAGUUGCACAGGAACACAAAAUGCUGGUUGUUUCGUUUUCAAGCAAGGCCAUUAUGGUGGUGAAUCUAUUAUCUGGGAAAAAAGAGUCGAUGAUAGAAACCAUUGAGCAGGUGCAUGAUAUGAAGCUGAAAGAAUAUGAGGAUCAGGUUGUUAUUGUGUGUGGGGUUGGAGGCAACGACCUCCUGAUUUUAAGAUGCGGAAUGAAGGGAGUAGUGCAUCUGGAGAUUGCAAAUGUGCUGAAGGGGCAUAAUGCACCUAUAAUUAGCUAUGAGGUUCUUGAUUUUAUUCACUCACUGGACAGUGCGGGAAUUAUGAGAAAAUGGAGUAUGAAUGGGGUUUUCGAACGAGAGGAGGUUAUGAGCGGGGAGAUAGUUCACAUUUGCUGCAUUUCUGAGGAUAACUUUAUGUUUGCAGAUAGGCACAGGGUCUAUGUGUAUGAUUUUGAGCUGAACAUAGAGAUGAUGGAGAUUAUGAAAGGGCAAGCGAUUGAGAUCAAGCGGAUUAAGGAAGGCUUUAUUAUAGUGUUUAGCAACCAGGCAAUAUGGUUAGACAAGAGGGUUCAGAAGAUGAAGGCGCUUAGUAUAAGUGAGGAAGUCAAGACGGCAACGCUGAUUGAUGGGAAUCUUGUAGUUGCAUCAUCCCAGAACGCUUGGUUCAAUAACGGAAAGUCUUUGAAUAGAAUUAAGCUUCACGAUACAAGUGUAAUAGGACUUGAAUGUGUAAAUGUAUUUAGAAAGUCAAGCAUUGUUAGCUGUAGUGCUGGCGGCGAAUGCAAGAUGCUGGUUAAAUGUCUUGAAGAUUAA